AUGGCCGCGGGCACCGUGCCCGCCCACCCUGACUCUCCCGCGGGGUUGCCCCCGCACCUCCUGGCCGGCGCGAUGCGGCGCCGCUUCUGGGGCGUGUUCAACUGCCUGUGUGCCGGCGCCUUCGGGUCCCUGGCCGCCGCCUCCGCCAAGCUGGCCUUCGGCAGCGAGGUGAACAUAGGCUUCUGCAUCUUGGGCGUCAUCACGAUGGCAACCACCAAUUCUCUGAUGUGGACGUUCUUUAGCCGGGGCCUCAGCUUCUCCAUGUCUUCAGCCAUUGCAUCUGUCACAGUGACUUUUUCAAAUAUCCUCAGCUCGGCCUUCCUGGGGUUUGUGCUGUAUGGAGAGUGCCAGGAGGUGUUGUGGUGGGGAGGGGUGUUCCUCAUCCUCUGCGGACUCGUCCUGACCCACGGGAGGGCCCUUCCACACAAGCAGCAGUAGCAUCGGUUGGCCAGGUGGACCAGCUGGAAAGACAACGGUGGCAGCUGAGGCUCGGCUGGCGUGUGCGGACUACUUCCCAGGGUGAUCUGGGGUGCAGCUUCCGACUGUCGACCACAGGAGAUGCUGCCAAGGGCUUCUGCCCGAGCAGCCUUGCGGGUGGCCGCUCCGGCUUCUGUCGGGAACCGCAGCGCGGCAGGGUUCUGCCUGAAGCAACCUGAGCCAUCUGCACAGUGUUCUUCAUUCUCCCUGCUGGCCCAGCGGGGGCCUUGGCAGGAGCCAGAGCCCCUGGGGCUGGCGGCCUCAGGUGCGGACUUGGCCCACGCUGUAAUCGUAGCCCUGUGGCCUAACGGGCCAGUCACGUAAACGGCGUAGGUGGGCUGACGCUUCCUGCUGCGGUAUCGGGCCACGCCGUGCUUCUGUGUUACGGCAAGAGAAGGAAGACUGGAUCAAUCCUUUUUUAUGGGUAAAACUACCAGGUGUGGAAUCCUAA